UGUCACGUUUUAGUGCCUCUACCCAGAAGCGCCGCCUGGCCUCUUCUUUUUGAAAUUUGUAAAAUAAUAUUUUUUUUAACAUUAAGUUAUGAUUUAUGCAGCCAACUGUAUAACAUGUUUUCGGCAUCUUGGCCGUUGACUGUUGUAAAUGAUCGACUGAAGUUGACUAAAUUCACUAUCAAACCAUACGUAACUAAGGAGAAGCUUCACCGCGUCACGUGAUAAACAAUGGCGGAUAGGGCCGAAGUACCCAUAUGUUCGGUUCCGAGAAUACUUGCCACGGUCACAACACAAUGUAAACAAACAGUAUAGCCCCGGUAGCUAUUUACUAAGUACAAAACACCACAACAGACCUACAAACUUGUACACACUUGCGGAACACUUCAAUCUCAUAGUAAACAAUAAUUAAAGUGUAUAAAGAACUAAAUAAUUAACAAUAAGGCUGAAUUUCUUCCCACUAAUUACACAUCGCCAUUCUCGCCGACCGCCAUAUCGGUUUUCCGACCCAGCAUAAUGGGCUAUUUUUGGUUGGGUUUUUCCAGUAACGCUAUUUCUUGAAAAGUAUAGUAUAUAAAUGUUGCGGGUGAAACAAAUCUAUUUAUAUUGAUAACUCAUUGUAAACGUCAAUACAUCUGGGGUACUCUACGUCUAACAAGAAGGAAAGGAAGGAAACUUUAUUAACAUGCGACUACCCACUGCAAGUUCAUGCUCGUCCAUCUUGGGGGACAACCUCUGGUAUUGUCUGAAGUCUUGCCUUGGUGAAUGAUCUCUAUACGUUUGUCAGUUUUCAGCUGUAGUACAAGAUGGCGGCAGGUCUACGAGUAAUGCGAGGACGCGAUUGGCUGUCAGGUGACGCUGACGGGGGUGAAGGUCACCUCGGAACGGUGGUGUCAUAUUGGGAAGAUGAAACAGCUGAGGUGAUCUGGGACAAUGGAAAACAAACUGUGUCAAACAUUGGAAAGGACAGCAAAUACGAGCUGAGGGUUGUAGACAAUGCUCCUGUAGGAAUUCGCCAUCAGAAUAUCGUCUGUUGUAGCUGCGAAGAGGUUAAUAUGAUUGGCAUGCGAUGGUCAUGUGAGAAAUGUACCAGUUACGAGUUGUGCUCUUUGUGCUACUUCACGGGAAAGCAUGACCUCUCUCAUGAGUUCAAGCGUCGUGACACGGGCCAAUCUACGGGAGAGCGCGUGCCUGCACGGGAUACCUCGAAGAAGAUUCGAACUAGAGGACUGUUUCCUGGAGCCGUCGUUACUCGUGGCACUCACUGGGAUCAGGGGGACAAAGAUGGUGGUCCAGGCAAGGAAGGGGCUGUAGUUGUUGUGCUCAGCUUUGAUUCUACGUCACACAGAUCGGCUGUGAGUGUAGCGUGGGAUUCAGGGGAGACAACCACGUGUCGUGUGGGUCACAAAGGUCAAGUGGACGUCCAGUGUGUCCGUGAAGCUCUUGGACCAGACAUCUACGCUGAACAUCUGCCACUUUUAGAUCGUGCUGGCGCCAAAGCUGCAGUACCCUUGACGUCUCAAGCAGAGGGUGGAAGUCUUCAAGAAGCCAUAGUGCCUAAACUGAAGAAGGGCGCCAUAGUGAGGAUUCUUGAUGACAAGGACAAGGUCAAAGAAUUGCAGGACGGUCACGGGGAUUGGAUAGACCCUAUGGAAGAGGCCCUUGGUAAGGUGGGCAAGGUGGUGGUGGUACACGAAAGUGGUGAUGUAAACGUCAAGAUUGGGAGAAGGGUGUGGGUUUUCAACCCAGCAUGCUGUGUCCGUGUCCCCGAGUCGGAACAGCCGUACGAAUCGUCAGACGAGGAAGACUCAGACCCUCUCGGCCUGUUGAAAACCUUGGCAAAAACUCUAGAACAGCAGACUCAACUGCUAGGACUUCUUGGGUCAGAUGAAGAAGGGGGCCAUAUGUCACUGAAAGGAGAGGGGUCAAAAGAAUUUUUAGAAGCAACAAAAGAGUCAGAUGUGGAGAAAGUUAAGAAGGUUUUAGAGAGAUUUCCAAAACUAGUAACUGCGCGACCAGACAAUGGCAUCACAUGUCUGCACAUUGCAGCCAAUGAUGGAAAACUGGAAAUUGUUAAAUUGCUGGUGGAAAAAGGAUUUGACGUGAAUGCUAAAGACCUGUCUGGAAACACAGCUCUUCUGAAAGCUUUAAAAAAGAAACACAUAGACGUCUCACGCUUUCUAAUUGAAACUGGUACUGAUCUAGAGAUCAGCAACGACAACGGCCAAAGCGCCAUGCACUGUGCAGUUUAUGCCGGAAACCCGUCACUUGUUCGUGAUCUGAUGAUGCGAGCUUGUGACGUCAACGUUGUGGUAAGCAAGCCAAAGCAAGGUAUGCUAAAGCUGAUGUCUCGACUAUACUUUUUAUUAUUUAACUAUUUAGAAUAGAUAAUCUAAAUUAAUAUUUUUAUCGUCGCAUGCCUUUCUUCGAUGUCCUAUAAUAUUGGCUAAAGAAGGUUGCAUAAAAUAUAUUAUUGUCCAUUUUAACACCCAGCUGUUCCACUGCUUUUGCUUUAAUUUAAAGUAUUAAAAUAUGGAAAGCUGGCGACAAGCAUUCUUUGUAUUUUGGAUUAGUAAAUGACGUUAUAAUAUGGUGAGGUGAGAAUGUGAGAUUUUUAAAAUUGUACUUAUGUUUGUAUUUUGCAUCAGUAAAUGACGUUUUAUCACGGCGAGGUGAAAUUGGUAAUUUGUUAAAAUAGUACUUAUGUUUAUAUUUUGCAUUAGUACAUGACAUUUUAACAUGGUGAGGUGAAAUUGGUAGAUUGUUGAAAGUGUACUUAUGUUUGUAUUUUGCAUUAGUAAAUGACGUUUUAACAUGACACGGUGAGAUUGGGAGAUUGUUGAAAUUGUACUUAUGUCUGUAUUUUGCAUUAGUAAAUGACGUUUUAACAUGGUGAGGUGAGAA